AUGGAUGAUUUAGAUUUUGAGCAAUUCCAACGAUAUAUAUAAUAGGAACACCAUCAUGGAUAAAAGCAUGAUUCAAAGUUGAAUGAAAAGGAUAAAGAACGUGGACAUGAGAAAAAUAAGGAUAAACAUAAUAAAGAGAGUCAUAAGGAAAGAGAAAAAGAGAGAGAUAAGGACAGAGAAAAGGACAAGAGUGUAGAAAAAAAGAAAAAGAAGAAAGAUGAAAAAAAAGAUAAGAAAAAGUAAUAUAAUAAUUAUUAAUGUGGUAGAAGAUCAAGAUCAGCAUCUAAAUCAUCUAAGAAAAAAAAGAGUAAAAAAGAUAAGGAUAGAGAAAAAGAUAAAGAAUAACAAUAAUAAACAAUUACAACUUAGAUAUUAAUGACUAAUGAUAUUUAAAAGAAAAGGGAAAUUGCUAAAUAGAGGAAAAUUGAAAUUAUGGAAGCAGAAAUAAGAGAAUUAGAAAGAAAAAUUGUUGAAGUAGAAAGAGAAUUAGAAGAAGCUCAUAGAUAAGAUUUAACUGUUUUAAUGUACUGUUUACCAUUAAAAGCAAAAGAAAAACACAUAUAUUAAUUUUUCUAAACUGUAAUAAAAUAUCAUUUAUUUUUAAUAGUUCAAUUGUGGUAAGAUUAGAGAUAUUAGAAUUAUAAGAGAUCAAAAAUCAAGUAGAUCUAGAGGAGUAGCAUAUGUUGAAUUUUAUUAAGAAGAAUCUAUUCCUAUGGCUUUAGCUUUGAAUGAUAGAUUAUUUAUUAUGGAUGGUUAAUAAGUAGGAACAAUUCCAGUUAAAAUAUAAUUGAGUUAAGCAGAAAAAAAUAGAGCUGCUAGAGAUUAAAAGAAUAUGCAAAUUAAAUAAAAUAAACUUUAAUCAAUAUAAGACUUAUAAAAUAUGAAUGGACCUGCAAGAGUUCAAGUUAGUGGAAUGGCAGAAUAACUUUAAAGAAUUAAUGAAGAAGAUAUAAGAGAAGCAUUUGCACCUUUUGGUACAAUAGAUACAGUAGAAAUUCCUAAAGAUGAAUAAGGAAGAAUGACAGGAGUUCUUUAUGUUACAUAUGAGAAAGCAGAAUCAGCUAGAAAUAUGAUAGAAGUCAUUAAUAAUUAACCAUUUUUAUUAAAUGGAAAACCCAUAAAAGUUUAAUUAGUAUCUGGUGCCAAUAAUUAUAUGGAUUUAUAAUUAGAUGAUGAUUUAGUUUAGAAUCCAGUAAUGAGAAUUACACUUAUGAAAAAGUUGAUGGAUGAUAAUUUAAUUGAUAAUGUAAAUAUAUUAUAUAUAUAUAUAUAUAGAUCAAUUUACCACCUUUGAUGACAUAAUUAGGUUUAACUGUUUAAAGAAUUUUAAAUAUUAUACAAUCUCCUAAUCCUUCUUUAGGUUGUAUAUCUGGUUGGAUGCCUCUUAAACAUUAUCCACCUGCAUGUCCAUGUAUUACAAAAGUUAUUGUAUUGACUAAUAUGUGGACUGAAUUAGAAAUAUCUAAUUAAGCAGCUAUUGUUGAAUUAAAAGAAGAAGUAGAGAGUAUUUUAUAUAUAUUAUAUUAUAGAUGAAUGCAAAAAAUAUGGAGAAGUAGAAAUGGUAUGGGUUGAUAAAAAAAAUGAAGGUAAUGUUAUUAUUGUAUUUAAAUAAUGGGAAGCUGCUAAAUAAGUAAAUGUAUUAAUGAACAACAGGAAAUUCGGAAAUAAAGUUGUUUAAAGUUAUUUCAUUACAGAAAGUCAAUUCAUGAGCAUCAUCAAAUGA